AAAUUUAUCGGAACCAACAUUCAAAUAGCAAUUCCCCAAUUUGAAAUCUUUCACUCACACUUCAAAAAUGCAAAACAGCUAGGAAACGAGGGCGUCCCAGAAGCAUUGUCGCCUCUGCUUCUGAUUACCUUUUUUCCCUCCGCACACACCACCACAAGCACUCUUUUUUUCCCUCCAAUCAAUUACGCAUUCUCAUUUGCUCAACCACGCCAAAGAACCCCUCUCGCACGCGAGGGCUUUGCUUCCCCACGCCAACUCUCCUUCUCUCUCCCUCUGUUCGUCCUCUUUCAGCUUUUUUGGGCACAAUCCCAGAUGUUGCUGAAAUCUCAAAAUCAUCAAGAACUUAGCUCCAAAUCCGACAAAGAUUCUAUCUUUUCGCAUUUACUGCGAUUCUCGGAUAAACCCAUUCUUUUUGAGCUCCGGAUCUUGUGGGUUUUUGUCUUUUGAAGCUGUUUUGCUGCUGUAGAAAUGGUGGCAGAGCCUUGGAUUUUGAAGAUGGGGAACCAAGUCAGUGCCAAUCUGAAGCACGCUUUUCUUCUCCAACCUUCAAAGAAGAAGAACAACCCCAAAAACCCAGAUAGCAGAAAUUUCCAAAAGAAGAAGCAGAGUAUAGGAAUUCUCUCUUUCGAGGUUGCUAAUGUGAUGUCCAAAACCGUGUACCUCUACAAGUCCUUGACUGACUCCGAGAUCUCCAAGCUUAAAAAUGAGAUCUUGAGCUCUCAGGGCGUUCAGAAUCUAGUCUCCUCCGACGAGUCCUACCUUCUCGAGCUCGCUCUCGUCGAGAAACUCGACGACCUGAACCGGGUCGCCGCGGUGGUUUCUAGGCUGGGCAAGAAAUGUGCCGAACCGGCUUUGCAAGGGUUCGAGCACGUGUAUUCGGAUGUUGUGAGCGGUGUAAUCGAUGUGAAAGAGUUGGGUUUUUUGGUGAAGGAUAUGGAGAGUAUGGUGAGGAAGAUGGAGAGGUACGUGAACUCCACGUCGAAUUUGUACAGCGAAAUGGAGGUUCUGAAUGAAUUGGAGCAAGCAACGAAGAAGUUUCAGAACAACCAGCACGAGGAGAGCCGCAGAGCUUUUGAGCAGAAACUGAUAUGGCAGAAGCAAGAUGUGAGACAUCUUAGGGAGAUUUCGCUUUGGAACCAGACAUAUGAUAAGGUUGUCGAAUUGUUGGCAAGGACUGUCUGUACGGUCUAUGCUAGGAUUUGUGCUGCGUUUGGAGACUCUGCCUUGAAGAUGUGUAAAGUUGGCCUCCUAAAUAGUGAAGGUUCUUGUACUCCUAAGAAGGAUGAGUACGGUCAAGUUUCGAGUCAGGUUGAUUUGCGGAGGCAUUCUCAGGUGGGUUCUGAACCGCCAUUGAAGAGGGUUCUCAGUAGAGGUGAUGGGUUUCAUUCAGGACCUGUUGAGAAAGCUGUUAUGCAGCUCAAAAGGGGGUCGAGUUUUAAGCCUCAACUUGAAUCUCGUAAAGGCGAAUUGGCUUUGUUGCGAGCUGAGGAUUUUAACUUCCCUUGUGGAACUAGCCCUGGAAGGCUUUUCAUGGAAUGCCUUAGUUUAAGCAGUUCAGUCUCCAAGUUUGAUGGUGAUGAUGGUGGUGGUUAUCAUGAAGAUAGAAGUACAAGAAUUUCAGAAUGUUACGGUGUUGCAAAUGGUGGUUCAAGGAGAGAGCAAAGGAAUCAUUCUGUCUGUAUCAAUCGAGCCCAAAUAGGUAUUCCUUUCAGUGGGGAUCAGACACAAUCCAAAUCCGGUGUAGUGAUGAAUGGUGCAGGGUUUGGUCCUAAGUGUAGGCUAAUGGUUUAUGCUCCUCCUUCAACUGUGGGAGGUUCUGCUUUGGCUUUGCAUUAUGCCAAUGUCAUAAUUGUCAUUGAGAAGUUGCUUCGCUACCCUCAUCUUGUUGGUGAGGAAGCUAGGGACGAUCUUUAUCAGAUGUUACCAACUAGUUUAAGAUUGUCUCUCAAGGCUAAUCUCAAGUCUUAUGUCAAGAACCUUGCAAUAUAUGAUGCGCCACUCGCGCACGAUUGGAAAGAGACUCUUGAUGGCAUAUUGAAGUGGCUUGCCCCAUUGGCUCAUAAUAUGAUCAGAUGGCAAAGUGAACGUAAUUAUGAGCAGCAGCAAAUUGUUACUCGGACAAAUGUUCUACUGCUUCAGACAUUGUACUUUGCUGAUCGAGAAAAGACCGAGGCAGCGAUAUGCCGGCUUCUUAUUGGGUUAAAUUAUAUAUGUCGUUAUGAACAACAGCAAAAUGCACUGUUGGAUUGUGCGAGCAGUUUCGAUUUUGAAGAUUGCUUGGAGUGGCAAUUGCAAUGCAGAGCUGCUUUUGUUAAUUGACUACAAAUAUUGGUUGGGUUGAUGAGGAUGGUGGUAAAGCAUUUUUCUUGAUUUACUAAUAUACUUAUAUGAAGAAAGAUAUAAUAGGAUGUGAAUAUCUGAGCUUUGCAAAGUGAAGAGAUGUUGUUCAAGAAUUGAGUUGAUUAAUGUAAUUCAUUGCAAGGUAUGGGAGGUUUUAACUUAUUAAAAGUACAUAAUUCCAAUUGUCUGUGGAAAAAUGAGUAUUUUUCUUCUGUAGAUUGUACAUAUCUUCGUGUACAGCUGGUAGUUCUUUUUUCUUUUCGAAAUAUCUAUGCAACUUUUGCAGUUUAUAGUUUAA